UAGUAUCUGUCCUGUUUAAGUAUUGAUUAGAUUCAUGACUUGAUUUUUCUGCUCUAGAAAUUUUUAGUUCACACAUUAAUUCUCAAGUUGUAGAAUGACUCUUAUGUUUUCCAGUCAACAUAUUACAAAAUCAAGGGACAGCCAGGGGACUUAAGCUAGGGAAUUGAUCUGCUGUUUUCUUACCAUUGGAAGCUGCUAGAUGGCAGAGAAAGCAUGUGUAAAGCGCCUUCAGAAGGAAUAUAGAGCCCUUUGUAAAUUACUUGGUUGGAUGCAUCGCAAGUUCCGGGCGAAUGAACCACUGAAGGAUUUUAGCGUAGGGAAUUCUUGUACUUGUCUUUCAGGGCAGCCAUCACUGGAUGACCAACAGUACUACCCAAAGUCAAAUUUUGGCACUAAAUCCUUAGGCAAAGCACAAAGAGACAACCAUCUGCAAAAAUCAUUUUCCAGCCUAGAAGCAGCAAGAGUAGAAGCAGACGACUUUGAAGAAGAAUCUUCAGUUGCGAUUUCCGAGCUCUUCCAUGGCUUCCUUACCAUAGGUACUCUUGGUUCGGACCCAGUCAUCACAGACCCAUCAACGCCAACAUUUGCCAUAUCAGUUGAGAACAUAACUGAAAAAGAAACAGAAGUAACAGAGAAUGAACUGAAGCUUAUUAAUGAUGAGUUGGAGAAGGUGAUAGGGGCUGAAGGAGACGGUUGCAAUGACUCAUCUGGGAGAAACAGUCAUGUUAGUACUGGAAGAAACAGUUAUGUUAGUACUGGAAGAAGCAGCCAUGGUAGCACCAUUACACUUAGCGGAAAGCCAUUGGAAGGCACAGAGACCAAUGAGAAUGGAACAACAAUCUGUCCACUCCAGGGCUAUCUGUUUGGAUCAGCAAUUGAGUUGCCAGAAACAACCACAGUGGUAAAGAAGGAACAUAGAACAUCGCUUGGGGAGCUGUUUCAGAGGACAAAAAUAGCAGAGGAAAAUUAUGUAGCCAAAAGCGAGAGGGGAGAAAAACGGACAGAAAAGGAGACAGAUAAAUCAGCCAUACACCUCAUGAAAAAGAUGCUGAAGAAAAGAAUGGUUCAUGGUUCUUCUCGGAGCUCCACCACAUCGACUGGGGGAAAUGUUGACUCUGCUUCAUCUGAGACAAAACUGCAUAAGGAUGCAUUACCAAGUCCAGGUUAUGUAUUCUCUGAUUGGUUUCCUAAUUCAACAAAUUACUGCAUACAGAUCCUCCACAUGUUCCACAGUAAAGUCCAUCCUGAAAGCUCCACGGCUGCAUGAAAAUCUCUUAAGCCUCGUAAAAAUGACAUAAAGAACAACAUCACCUAUGAGGGGGGUUUACAAUAAUGGAGAUGGAAUGCUCCCAGAUGAAGAUAUCAUGAUAUUUCCUCAGAGAGCCCU